GUCGCCGCCAUCUUUGUUGAUGUGUCAGCUCCGCGGGGGUUUGGGGAAGCGGCGGCGGAGAGAGUGAGGGGUCAGCCCCGAUCCCCGCCGCUGUCUCCCCCGCCCACUUCUUGUCUGCCGGAUCCCGCCAUGGAGAGGUUGGCCCCUGAGUCGGACCUCCAGCGGCCUCGUUAGGGUGCGGCCUGAGGCUUGGAGAAGUGGGAUGUAAAACAAAGAUCAGGAGCAGAUUUGAAGAAAUGCAAAGUGAAUUGGUGCUGGUCAACAUGUCAGAGACAGAGCACGAAGCCUUCAUUUCCUCCGAUAAAAAUAUUGGGAAAAUACCUGAAUUAAAGGAAGAUUCAUGCAGCUCAUUUUCUGGUGAUGAAAGCAACAGAUUAGAAAAUGAAUCUAAACUAUUGUCAUUAAAUUUUGAAAAAAAUUUAUGUCAGCCUAAUGAACACAGUAGUCAUGUUGAAGCACACAAAAAUUAUGUUCCAGAUUGUGAUGAAUGUGAGGAUUCUUCUGCCAGAAAAGACAUAUGCCCAGAAAAUUCUGAACAAAUAUCUAACUUUCCUAGUGGAGAUUUUGCAAAGCAGGGGUCAAAAACAAGUGAAACGGAACAGACAGUAACACAAAUACUGGCAGAAUUAAGGUCAUCUACGUUUACAGAAGCAGCUCAUCAAAAGACUUAUUCAGAAAGUCCCUAUGAUACAGACUGCACCAAGAAACUUAUUUCAAAAAUAAAGAAUGUUUCAACAUCAGAGGAUUUGUUGGAAGAAAUAGAAUCUGAGCUGUUGUCUACAGAGUUUGCAGAAGAACACCGAGUACCAAAUGGCAUGAAUAAAGGAGAACAUGCAUUAGUUCUGUUUGAAAAGUGUGUGCAAGAUAAGUAUUUACAGCAGGAACAUAUUAUAAAAAAGUUAAUUAAAGAAAAUAAGAAGCAUCAGGAGCUCAUCUUAGACAUUUGUUCAGAAAAAGACAGUUUAAGAGAAGAGUUAAAAAAAAGAACAGAAACAGAGAAGCAGCAUGUGAACACAAUUAAACAGUUAGAAUCAAGAAUAGAGGAACUUAAUAAAGAAGUUAAAGCUUCCAAAGAUAAACUAGUAGCUCAAGACAUUGCAGCUAAAAAUGCAGUUCAGCAAUUACACAAAGAGAUGACCCAGCGGAUGGAACAGGCCAACAAGAAAUGUGAAGAGGCACGCCAAGAGAAAGAAGCAAUGGUAAUGAAGUAUGUAAGAGGUGAGAAGGAAUCUUUAGACCUUCGAAAGGAAAAAGAGAUUCUUGAGAAGAAACUUAGAGAUGCAAAUAAGGAGUUUGAGAAAAACACUAACAAAAUUAAGCAGCUUUCUCAGGAGAAAGGACGAUUGCAGCAGCUGUAUGAAGCAAAGGAAGGCGAAACAACUAGACUCAUCAGAGAAAUAGAAAAAUUAAAGGAAGACAUCAACUCUCAAAUCAUUAAAGUAAAGUGGGCCCAAAACAAAUUGAAAGCUGAAAUGGAUUCACACAAGGAAACCAAAGAUAAACUCAAAGAAACAACAACAAAGUUAACACAAGCAAAGGAAGAAGCAGAUCAGAUACGACAAAACUGUCAGGAUAUGAUAAAAACAUAUCAGGAGUCUGAAGAAAUUAAAUCAAAUGAGCUUGAUGCAAAGCUUAGAGUCACAAAAGGAGAACUUGAAAAACAAAUGCAAGAAAAAUCUGACCAGCUCGAGAUGCAUCAUGCCAAAAUUAAGGAACUAGAAGAUCUGAAGAGGACCUUUAAGGAGGGUAUGGAUGAACUGCGAACACUAAGGACAAAGGCAAAAUGUCUAGAAGAUGAACGAUUAAGAACAGAAGAUGAAUUAUCGAAAUACAAGGAAAUUAUUAAUCGCCAAAAAGCCGAAAUUCAGAAUUUAUUGGAUAAAGUGAAAAUUGCAGAUCAGAUACAGGAUCAGCUUCAAAGAGGUAAACAAGAAAUUGAAAAUUUGAAGGAAGAAGUGGAAAGUCUUAAUUCUUUGAUUAAUGACCUACAAAAAGACAUCGAAGGCAGUAGGAAAAGAGAAUCUGAGCUACUGCUAUUCACAGAAAAGCUCACUAGUAAGAAUGCACAGCUUCAGUCUGAAUCCAAUUCUUUGCAGUCACAAUAUGAUAAACUUUCCUGUAGUGAAAGUCAGUUGCAAAGCCAAUGUGAACAAAUGAAACAGACAAAUCUUAAUUUGGAAAGUAGAUUGUUAAAAGAGGAAGAACUUCGAAAAGAGGAAGUUCACAUUCUGCAGGCCGACCUCACAUGUAAACAAACAGAAGUUAAAGCAUUGAGUACCCAGGUAGAAGAAUUGAAAGAUGAGUUAGUAACCCAAAGACGUAAACAUGCCUCUAAUGUCAAGGAUCUUACCAAGCAACUUCAGCAAGCACGAAGAAAAUUAGAUCAGGUUGAGAAUGGAAGCUAUGAUAAAGAAGUUAGCAGCAUGGGAAGUCGUUCUAGUUCAUCAGGGUCCCUUAAUGCUCGAAGCAGUGCAGAAGAUCGAUCUCCAGAAAAUACUGGGUCAGCAGUAGCUGUGGAUAACUUCCCAGAAGUGGACAAGGCCAUGUUGAUUGAAAGGAUAGUUAGGUUGCAGAAAGCACAUGCCCGGAAAAACGAAAAGAUAGAAUUUAUGGAGGACCACAUCAAACAAUUGGUGGAAGAAAUUAGGAAAAAAACAAAAAUAAUUCAGAGUUACAUUUUACGAGAAGAAUCAGGCACACUUUCUUCAGAGGCUUCUGAUUUUAACAAAGUUCAUUUAAGUAGACGAGGUGGCAUCAUGGCAUCUUUAUAUACAUCUCAUCCUGCUGAUAGUGGAUUAACACUGGAACUGUCUUUGGAAAUCAACCGAAAAUUGCAGGCUGUUUUGGAGGAUACAUUACUAAAAAAUAUUACUUUGAAGGAAAAUCUACAAACACUUGGAACAGAAAUAGAACGUCUUAUUAAACACCAGCAUGAACUAGAGCAGAGGACAAAGAAAACCUAAUACAAAGUUCUUGCCCAGUAAACAGAUAAAAGCCACCCAGGAGCAGGUGCCACUGACCAGUGUUGUUGGAAACAUUUCCCUACUUUGUGUAUAAGCCAGUCAAAAAUUUGUUUUGCUUCAUCUGUAUAAAAAAAAGUAUCCUUUUAAAAAUGGAUGCAUUGCUGUGCAUACUGUAAGAGCGUAGGCUUUGAUGAAAUUUGUUUUUAUAUGGUGCAAUACAACAGCCUGUCACUGAGUCUAAACAACUGAAUUUGCUCAUAGUCAUGUUAAGUGCUGAUCAUUACUACGAGGGCUUUUAAAAACCCCUUCUCCAUGUUUUUCCCUUUAAAAUAUGUCAAAAAUGAUUCAGCUUUAAAAAUUAUCCAUGAAAAGACAGAAGGUGUUACUCAUUCAGUGAUUUACUAUGUCCACAACACCAAGAAAAGUAAAGACAUCAUAAAAGUGUUUGUUUUGAACUAGACACAGUGGUAUGUACCUAGAGUCCCAGCUAUUCAGGGGCCGAGGGGAGGAUCACACGAAACCAGGAGUUUGAGGCCAACCUGUGCAACAUAGCAAAAUCCAUCUCAAAAAAUAUUUUUUAAAAAAUGUUAUGACACUCCAGUAUAAUAUUUGGUUGUGUUUUAAGGGUGCAUUUGAGUACUUAAAUCUUUGUUUUAGUUUUAAUGAAAACUGAACGUAAUAGAAAAGUCAGUUAUUGGUAAGUGGCAAUGAUUAGACAUUGUACGUCUCUGUCAGGUUUCCUUGUCUAUCGUAGGUCCAUUUUUUCAGAUUUGGAUUGAGUUUAUAGUUGAAUUAUUAAAAUCUUCAGUUACUUAAAAUACAGUUUAAAAUAACAUAUUCAUAGAAAAAUUAUCUAUGGACUUAAGUUAUAUUUUAAAAUGUGAAGUGGAUCCCAUCAUUAGAACAGAGAGAUGAAUGAUUCUUAGAAAUGGAAAUACUUUAAUUUUACUAGCAUCAUUUAAAGAUAAAUGGACUAUGUUUUAAGGUACUCACUAAGAACCAGUUUCCCAAGAGUAAGCAGCAUAUGGCACUGUUAACCAUUUGAGCACCAUUCUUCACUAUUGAUACAAUGAAAUAUAUAUCAAAUUGGCGUGAUUAUGCAGUUCCCCCAAAUGUGUUUUGGUAUACUUAUUUAAAACACAAAAUAAUUACAUAUCUAAAACCAAAGGAAUUUUUAAGCCAAAUUAUUGUAUUUUGUUGGAUUUUUACAAUAUUUAUUUCGGAUGUACACUUAAGUGUUGCAAUCAUAUCAAUAUUUCUGUCAUUGAAUUUUUUUCUUACCUCCUUUUAUUUCUCAUCUGUUAUAAUUUCUUUGACUUUGCAUUACAUUUGGAUCCUUUAUAUAGUAGGACACCUUGGCUCAUCUGCAGGUUUGUUGUCACAAACCUCAUUGUUUUAGAUUUUGUCAACCUUAUUUUCCCCUCAAAAGGAAGUAAACUUUGGGGUGCUAGAUUAGAAGCCUUGAAAGAAUUGUAUGGGCUUUCAUAGUUGGACUUGUGGCAAUGUCCUUUUAAUGGGUUUCGACUUUUUUUUUUUAAAUCAACUUAAUAUUGUUUAAAAGGUAAUUUAGUAAAGAUCAGGUCAUUCAUUGUAGUGUCUUAAUUUUUGUGCAUAUCAAGUUAUAUGUUGUCAUUCUAAACAAAUAUCUUUUUACUUCAAAAUGAAAAUACACACUCAAAGGUGUUUUAUUUAAAAUAGUUAUAAAAAUUGUUAGUUUUAUCUUAAUGUGUCUUGCUCUUUUUAUCAAUAAUAAUUUAUCAAAAUAAAAAAAUAAGAGGGUAAGUGCAAUAAAAUCUGAAUUAUUUUCCCAUUUGUUUCUAGACAUAUGGUUGAUACUCCAAAAGUCUACUUACAGUAGGCACCAUAUCUAAAUUUUUCUGGUUUCUCAUGUGCUGUAGAUUCAUAAACUACAAGAUUUGAAUUUUUUCCCUCUAGGGUACAAAAUGUAUAAUGGAGACCCAAUAGUGAUCAGAUCCAUAGUUUUCAAUGCCUAUACACUUUCAAAUACACACACACAUACACUCUCUUACUGUAGACAAAAAUGGAGCAUUCAGUAUUAAUAUUUGUGCCACCAUCUGCCACCAUUUUAGAGGAAGAUCAUUAAAAGCCAUAUUUUGAUGGUAUUAUUGUCAUUUUUACUGAUAAACUA